AUGGGCCUUCCAAUUGGGCCGCACAAUAAUUGGGCUGGAUAUAAUAGUGGACACGCCGAUACUCUCUCAAAUUUGGGGUCACAAAACGGGUCGAUUCUAAACCCCCAAAUCGAAUCGCGUCUUCACUUCUCUCCGGGCAGGCGCUCUAUCCGCUCACUACCUCGCAGGAUUGUGACGUCAGCAAUGGCAGCUCCGCUGAAUCUGCCAAUCUUUUCACCUCGUUACCGAGUUUCGUCCUUCAGCCUCUUUCCUGAGAGAAAUUUAUCUUCGAAACCUGUGGUUUCAUCUCUGUCGGGCUCCUAUGGAGAUUCUUAUCCACUAGGGUUUUCUAGUAAAACAAGCAGGUCGCCGCUAAAGCUUGACCAGAAUGAUCUCUGUUCGAAUACGAGCAAUGGUGUCAUAGAAGCCAGAAAGAGUAAUCCACCAAUCAUGCCAGCAGUGAUGACUCCUGCUGGACCUUUGGAUCUUUCCGCAGUUUUGUUCAGAAAUCGUAUAAUCUUCAUCGGUCAGUUUAUUAAUUCAGAGGUAGCUCAGAGAGUCAUAUCACAACUAGUAACUUUGGCGACAAUUGAUGAAGAUUCAGAUAUUUUGAUGUACCUUAAUUGUCCAGGCGGGAGUAUCUAUUCUAUCAUGGCGAUAUUUGACUGCAUGUCAUGGAUAAAGCCCAAGGUUGGUACCGUAUGUUUUGGAAUGGUAGCUAGCCAAGCUUCACUUAUUCUUGCUGGCGGAGAAAAAGGUAUGCGGUAUGCCAUGCCAAAUGCUCGUAUUAUGAUCCAUCAACCCCAAUGUUCGGCUGGGGGUAAUGUCGAUGAUGUAAUGCCCCAAGUAAAUGAAGUACUUCAAUUUCGUAAUAAACUCGAUAAAAUGUAUUCUGCCUUAACUGGUCAACCUGUGGAGUUAGUAAGAUUCUACACAAAUAGAGACAUGUUCUUUUCUGCGGGAGAGGCCAUGGAUUUUGGUCUCAUUGAUGGAAUUUUAGAAACUCAGUACUAA